AUGUGCCACACCAGCUGCCACACAGGCGGCCAGGCUGGCUGCUGCUCGCCCAGCCCUUGCCAGUCCUCCAUCUGCCUGCCCGUGAGCUGCAGGCCCACCGUGUGCACGGCCCCUUCCUGCCAGUCCUCCAUCUGCCUGCCCGUGAGCUGCAGGCCCACCGUGUGCACGGCCCCUUCCUGCCAGUCCUCCCUGUGCCUGCCCGUGAGCUGCAGGCCAGCUGUGCAUGUACCCGUGAGCUGCCAGUCCUCUGGGUGCAUCCAGCCCUCCUGCCCCACCCUGGUCUGCGGACCCAUCUCCUGUGGCACCCCUUCCUGCUGCUGA